AUGAAGCUAACAAUCGCAUUAGUUUUCGUUGCUGUUUGUUUGUUUACGAAUCCAGUAUCUGCAACCAAUGUCCAGCUGCCAGCAGUUUAUCCGCUAGUGAAUAUCCUGCUUCCGCUCUUGAACAACGUGUACAAUUUGCUGCUCUCUCUUCUAUCUAUUUUUGACACUCUUCCACCAGCCAUAAGCAGCCUCAUACCAGUAGAUCUAUCUGCUUUGGAAACGUCUUUGCUGAAGCUAUAUUCGCAAGCGUUAGCUAUUGUCAACUUCUUGCGAUCUUUGCCAGAAUAUGCGACAGGAGCGAACCCAAAAACUCCAUCAUGUGGAGUCACUAAUAUGCAAGGUCUACUCACAUCUCUUAUCUCAGCCAUUACGGACCUCGCUGAUGAUGUACUGGUUGGUAUUGGUGGUGGUCUUCUACCAGGUCUUCUUCAGCUCGUCAUCUGCGUUGUCCAAGCCUUGCUUAACUUGCUACUU